CAGCGGCUCUAUCUAUCUUCCAUUCACAUCAGAGUCUCUGUCAGCAUCAGAUAAAGCGCUGUCAUGGCGCAAAGUGGGGCAUCUCUUUCUCCAAAAGGGACCCUAUCGGCGCACCUUUGUGGCGCUCUGGCUUUGCUCGUGGCGUGGAUCUCCGGUCUGGGAGCCUUGCGGAGUGACAGCGUUGUCUUUAAGCGAAGCCUUGGGGAGGCAUCGUUCACCGGCAACGACGGGGCGCUUUGGGGAAGCGACGCCGAGGACGGGACUGGUUCUGCAGCUGUACGUUUAAGGAAAUCCCUGUCCCAGGAAAAAGUGUCCCUGCUCAGCAGCUCUUUCGUGCUUAAAGGGGAUGCUACUCACAAUCAGGCGAUGGUGCACUGGACCGGGGAGAACAGCAGUGUCAUUCUUAUCCUGACUAAAUACUACCAUACGGAUACGGGGAAGGUUUUGGAAAGUUCUCUUUGGCGAUCUACAGACUAUGGGACAACAUAUGCCAAACUGAACUUGAUGCCUGGUACAACAAUUGUUGUCACUAAUUUUUACAUCUGUCCUUCAAACAAGAAAAAGAUUAUUCUGGUCAGCUCUACUAUCAAUGACAGAGACCAAAUGCUUUUCAUCAGCACGGAUGAGGGAGCAAACUUUCAAAGACAACCUCUCUUGUUUUCUGUGGAGACACUGGUGUUCCAUCCCAAAGAAGAAGAUAAACUACUUGCUUACAGCAAUGAGAAAAGGCUCUACGUAUCAACGGACUUGGGCAGAAAAUGGACUUUGCUUCAAGAACGAGUGACAAAGGACCGUUUUUUCUGGUGUGUUGCAGGUGUUGAUACUGACCCUGAUUUGGUUCAUAUGGAAAUGCAGGAUUCCAGUGGAGGCUUUCUUUAUGUGACCUGCUUGAUUCAGAAUUGCUCUGAUAAAAUGGUGACAGCACAGUACCUUGGCAAGAUUGACCAAAAUUCUCUUGCUGUGCAGGAUGAUUAUAUCUUCGUUAAGGUAACAACUGGAAAUCGGACGAAGUAUUAUGUUUCCUAUCGACGAAAUGAAUUUGUCCAAAUGAAGUUUCCAAAAUAUGCACUACCUAAGGAUGUGCAGAUCGUCAGCACCGAUGAAAGCCAGGUAUUUCUUGCACUUCAAGAAUGGUACCAGACAGACACUUACAACCUCUACCAGUCAGACCCACAGGGUGUCUACUACUCAAUCGUACUUGAAAACGUCAGAAGCACAAAACAGCCAGAGGAAAACGUGCUGAUAGACAUUUUGGAGGUGCGUGGAGUCAAGGGAGUUUUCCUGGCUAAUCAAAAAGUAGACGGAAAGGUCAUGACUCUUAUUACCUACAAUAAAGGCCGGGAUUGGGAUUUUCUUAAUCCACCAUCCAUCGAUAUGAAUGGCAAGACUGUGAACUGCAAACCGCCAAAGUGCCAUCUUCAUUUACAUCUUCGCUGGGCAGACAACCCCUAUGUCUCAGGCACAGUGCAUACAAAGGACUCUGCACCGGGGUUAAUAAUGGGAGCAGGCAACCUUGGCUCCCAGUUGGUUGAAUAUAAAGAGGAAAUGUAUAUUACAUCGGAUUGUGGGAAAACAUGGAGACAGGUGUUUGAAGAGGAACACCACAUUUUGUACCUUGACCAUGGAGGAGUUAUUGUUGCAAUUAAGGAUACUUCUAUUCCCCUUAAAAUUCUCAAGUUUAGCAUUGAUGAAGGACAGACAUGGAACACACACAACUUCACCAGCACUUCUGUAUUUGUUGAUGGGCUGCUCAGUGAACCCGGAGAUGAGACCCUUGUUAUGACAGUUUUUGGACAUAUCAGCUUUCGCUCCGAUUGGGAGUUAGUGAAGGUGGACUUCCGGCAGUCUUUCCCACGUCAGUGUACCGAAGCAGAUUAUGACAGCUGGAAAGUGACCAACCUGCAGGAUGAGCCAUGCAUUAUGGGCCAGGAGAGAAGCUUCCGAAAAAGAAAAGACACAGCGCUUUGCAUCAAAGGAAAGAGUUUUACAUCUACUUUGACAUCCAAGCCUUGCCAGUGUUCAGAGAAAGACUUUAAUUGUGACUAUGGAUUUGAGCGUGCGGCCAGCCUUAAGGCUGAAGGAGAUCGAUGCUUUGCUGACUUCUGGCAUGACCCUGAUUCUCCUCCUGAUGAUUGUGUGAUUGGCCAGAGCUAUGCAUCAAGCACAGGAUACAGGAAAGUCGUCUCUAAUAUUUGUGAAGGAGGAGUUAAUAAGCAGCAAAGCUCUAAGCAGCACACUUGUCCUCUGCUGCCCCCUAGAGGUCUGCAGCUUGGCAUCAAAGGAGAAACGCUGGCAGUGGGGCCUGGCGAUGACAUCACAUUUAUUGUUCGUCAAGAGCAGGGGGACACCCUGAACACCAAAUAUCAGGUGGACCUUGGUGAUGGAUUUCGGGCAAUUUAUGUAAACUUAACAGUGACAGAUGAGCCUAUUCAACAUCGAUAUGAAAAGCCAGGUAUCUACCGAGUCACAGUCAAAGCAGAGAACGUAGCAGGCCAUGACGAAGCAGUAGUCUACAUUCAGGUUAACCCUCCCCUUCAGGAGGUUCAUUUAGAAGUGGUGCCUGUCGCUGGGAGGAAUCAGAAAGUUAACCUCACAGCUGUGGUCCUGCCUGCGAGAAACAACCUGACUGUCUUCUACUGGUGGAUUGGAAACAAUCUGCAGCCAGUUCUCUCACUAGCAAACAGUUUGAUCACCAAGUUUCCUGAGACUGGGGAAGUUAGUGUCACAGUUCAAGCUUCAUGUGGACGAUCCAUGGUCCAGGAUACCAAAUUAGUGCGUGUUUUUGAUCAGUUUCAGGCUCUUCCUUUGAAAUUCAGUAAAAACCUUGAUGCCUUCAAUCCAAAUAUCCCUGAAUGGCGUGAAGACAUUGGGCGAGUUGUCACUAAAGCUAUAGCAAAGAUAACUGACAUCCCAUUGGAUGAUUUAGUAACUGUUGUGAAGCCCGGCCUCCCAACAACUGCAGAUUUAUAUGUGCUUCCUCCUAAAAGUACACCAAAGAAGAAAAGAAGUCUGUCCACUGAUAAGAGAAUUCCUGCAAUAAAGCAAAUCCUUAAUAGUAACAAUGUCAGCUUUAUUGUGCGAGGUGGCUUGGUGGUGUUAGUUAGCCUUUCUGAUUUAUACUUAGAUUCUCACAGGGGUGGUAUUGGCAGUGGAUUCUGGGCCCUAGCAGUAAUAUUUGUCAUAAGCCUCGUUGCAGUAGGCGCUUUCAUUCUCUAUAAGUUUAAAAGAAAAAUGCCUGGUAGAAAUGUAUACGCCCAAAUGUACAAUGAAAAGGAACAGGAAAUGACUAGUCCUGUCAAUCACAGUGAGGACACGCAGAACAUCAUCCAGGGAGAGGAGUUUAUAGAUGAUGAUCUCGAUUCACAAACAUUAGGAAAUCAUUCUGGUGUGGUCUUGAGCAUAAACUCCAGAGAUCUGCACAGCUACCUGUCCAGCUGAUGUUUGCAUUUCUAAACAAACUGCAAAGACUUGUCUCUCUCUAUCUAUUAAUUGUUCGGUUUUGGGACAUCGAGGCAGAAGCAGGGAAUUCAGGAUUCGUUAUUGAACAGACUUCAGCCAGUCAGCUCUGUUAUGAAACAAAAGGAGACUCUCCAUAAUGGACAUCAGAAGAAAGCAACAGUUUGUGGCAUUCUUAAUCCUCUACUUAGCACGAAUACAACACAAUAUGCCCACCUCCCCGCUCCUGCCCCUUACCACACACAAAGAGCCCAGAUAUUUGAAAAAGGACACGGGGCUACCGUUUUUUGUAAUCAUCCAUAUCUGAUUUGUAGGGAGUGGUGUUCAAAUCAGAGAGCACCCAUAUCAGUAGUUAAAUGAAGAAAGAUGGCUCUUCCUGCUUUUUUGAUCCUUUUUGGUACAUACUAUUUAACCCUGAGAAGAUUCAAUUCUGUGAAGUUUUAGGGGAAAAGGCAAACCUCACCACUGCAUACAGCCUUUUCUUUCCGUCCUGGGCAGUACAAGACAGUUGCCUUUAGUGUCACCCUUUCGCUGUUAGUGCAGUUUGGCCUCAGUCACCCACAAACUGCCAAGUCAGACAACUUUUUAGGUCAGCUCUAAUUUAUCAUUAAUGAUUAGGUAGCUUAACUUCUAAUUCUUGACUAUUUCAAUUGACAGUAACUGCUCCUGACUUUUCCUAACAAUGGGAUAAAACAGACAAUACCAUUCAUAUUGGAAAUCUUCCCAGUCACUUGUCAGUGUCGUAUUUGCACCCAUACGCUUAGCUCAGCACAUCAGUCAUUUCUCUAAAAGCAUGCGUUUGUAUUAAUUUUUAGAAAUCUAAGGCAUAGUCUAACCCUCUGUGACGUGCACAUGGCUCUUCUGCAACAGGUUUAUAAAUCUCUAGACAGCUUUACUAAAGGAAUGUAAUUAUGUUCUGGGAUUUUGUACCUCCAUUCGUCAUGAUCAUAAAAGGAUACAUCCAACAAGCUACUUCUGGGCCAAAAAUUCUCAUUAUCAUCUCUCUCAUCUGCUGUUUUGGCUUCACUUGCUUUGUUAAUUUGGUGUGAUCGUCACUCCAGUGGGUGCAGGUUUGGGAACCUUUCCUUUUUACUUCCUUACUGCAACCAAACCAACCAACCAUAAUGUUCUGUUCGGCUAAUUUGAUGCAAACUGCAAACUUUCUCUACUAAAUUGCUAUUGUUUUCCUAAUUAGUUUGAUUUUAUUAGUUUAUUGGUAGCGUCAUGUUUGCAAAUUGCACACAGAGGUCCUUGUAUAAAUAUGGCCUCCUUUACUCCACACUUCAGACGUCUGUACAAGACAUGAUAACCACAAACAUUGCCUUAUGCCUUCUUCACAUCAUUUUAGAAGUGAAUUAAAGCCCCUCAAGACUUGAAGUCAGCUGUGCCUCCUCACAGUUAAGCUCAGGUUACUAAUUUUUCAAUUUUCAUCUGUAAAGCAAAUCAUUUCUUUGUAACCAUCUUCCUAUGAUAUAAAUUUUAAUUAUUAUUUACUCAUUUUUUAAAUAUUGCUAUGCCACUGACUCUUCAAGAGCUUUUUAAAUUAAGUGAUUUUUGCAACCAUUUAAUCCCAUUUGGUGUUACGGCUCACAGAGGAGUGACAUUCUGUGCUUGUUAUCUGGAACUUAAAAAAUAAAAACAAUUGCUGUGAAAUCUGCUUUUUCUGGGAAAAAUGAUUAUUAAACCUGCUUAAAACAACAACAACAAAAAAAACAGUGACCGAGCCAGUACAAUGUCACCAGAAAUGACACAUAUCCCUGUUAUAUUCUUACUACAAAAAAAAAAUCAAAAGUAAAGAAAUCUCGGUGAGGCCGUUUUGAGCAGCUGUACAGGGAGGCUUGGAGGCAAAGGCUCAUUUUAAGGGGAUAUCACUUCUUAGAAGUGUGUUGUACAGAGGUGUUUUGAAUCAGUCCAGGCCCACAGUGAGCGCCUUAUCGAGAAUUACCAGUUAGUCAGUCAACACCUCGUUCUCUGCAUUUUCUUUCAUGGGUUUUUUCCCCAUAAGUCAUUUCUUAAUAAAGUCCACAGUUCACUGGAGUGUAGUCCUUGAUGGUUCAUUACACUAUGGAGCAAAAGAGGACACAGAAGAAAUCCAUUGAUCUGCUGUUUGUACUCACUUUUUCUCAGGGACUAGAGUUCAGUAGGAACCAACAGUGAAUCUCAAACCAGGUUAUCACUCGCCACAUGCUGACCCUGAGAAUAUGUCACCCAUCGCCAACUUGUGGUUGCACAGACACACAGUGUGCUGCCACUUGAAGUCCAUUCCCAGAUACAGCGUACACAAAGGAAUAAAUCAAUGCAUGCUAAAGAUUGAAAUUGCAGGGAUGCACACACAGGCCAUGGUUUGUGAUUGGAUAAAUGCAAAUGAUCUCCCACAUCAUCUUCAACACUCCAUUUAGGCCAUCUAAAGUUGGCGUCUCCCUUCACAAUUUGACAUUGAAAAUAGAGGUGUCCAUACAUUACUUGGUCUGUCGCUAAUACACACAUUGUGGCCAUGGUAGGGUGUGGAAUUCUCUGGCUACAUAGACGACUGUUUUCCAUAUUUUAUUUUUUGCCAGCUUGGAAGACAGGUGAUGAGUUAAAUGUUGGUUGGACAUGCAAGUAAGAGUUACACCUGCAAUUCAAACGCUUUGUUCAAAUCCAUCUCUUUGUUUCAUGAGCCUUCUUCUUAUUUAACGGAGUUCUGUGAAGUCAGUCUGUUCAGGCAACCUUUGAUGUAAGAUCUCACGUUGUUAUGUUCAUAUUGGACUGGAAGUGAACUUUAAAUAAACAGGAUAUUAUUUACAGAAUGACAGAGGAUUUUCACAAUGGAAUUUCCAGAAACACGCAAAAGUUUCAUAUUGUAAUAAGAUCUUUCUUUGGCAAAACCCAAACGUUAACCAGAAUCAAAAGUUAAAGUUGAAAAUCAAAAACAGAAAAUCUUAUUUUAUUUUUUAUAAAUUAAGAAAAAGAAGAAUGCAUUGCAUUUAUAUGGUGCUUUUCAAUACACUGAAAGUGCUUUAUAUUGAGAGAGGGAGGUUCAACCACAUGGACGAUGCAACAGCAGCCAUUUUUGCGCCAGUACGCACACCACUCAUUAGCUAUUAGGUAGUGAAAGGGUGAGAAAAAUAAAUUAGCCAAUGUGGGACAGAGUAUGAUUAAGUGGCCAAAAAUACCAGGCCAUGGUGGGCAAUUUAGUUAGGACAUUACAAAACACACUACUGUUUACGAAUGAUGCCCAGAGAUCUUUUAUGAUCACAGAAAGUCAGGGCCUCAGUUUUAUGUCUCAUCUGAAAGAUGGUGCUAAUUUAUACAGCACAGUGUUCCCAUCACUGCACUGGGGCAUUGGGAUCCACACACGGGCUACACAGUAGGCACACUCGGCAGGCCUUACCAACACCUCUUCUAAGUUUUUUCUAGCUGGUCUCCCAACCUAAUACUGGCUGGGCAUUAAGUCUUUUGUGAGUUGUUACAGUUUGGAAACUUUACAAAAAGUAAGCUCAUGAUGUCAUGCAUUGAGAAGUGCCCAAAGCACAAGACCAGCAACAAACUUGAUUGCUAUGGAGGUGUCCAUGGAAUAUCACACUUACUCUACAUUAUUAUUUUGUACUAAUUUUUACUAUUAAAUACUAUUAAAUUUACUAUACUAUAAAAAAAUACUAUACUAUUAAUUGUUACCUUAUUUUUAUUCUGACAUUGCCAUUUGGUUUCUUAUGAAUGUCACCAUUUUGUGACUAUGAUUACUAGCACACAUGCCAUAGCUGGACAGGUUUGUAGUUGCACUUAACAUUGACAUGCAGAAACUAUUUAAGAUGGCGGCACACAGUCUUUGAUGCCCAAGUCUUUGGAUUCUUACAAAACUAAGUUAAGACUAUAAAUUCUUACAAAAGUUUGGAGAACGAUAUUUUAGUUUUGAUUUACAAUUUGCUUUACUAUUGAAGUACAUUUUAGUUUUGCCAUUAGUCUUCUAAACUUCUUUUCUGGCCCUGAUAUUUGCUUUGACUUCCAACCAUACUAAGUGUUCUCCCUAAAUUCUUUUCUUCAUCUCCUGGUCUCUGCUCUAUUAAAAUUCUGUCCUUUUCUACAAGUCCAUUCCACCUUGGCCACAAUAGUAAUCACAAAAUAUUUCAAAGAAGAAAAUAAAAAAUAAAUAUAAAUUAAUAGCACUUGAGAGACAAAACUGAUGUCCAGCACACUAAUAACACGUGGAUGCUUGCAUGAUCUUUUCUAACGAACCUGUUUAUAAUUACCAAAUAAGCUAAAAUCCAAUUCCCAUGGGAAAUAUGAAAAUGUUCCUGUUUCCUUCAUUGCUCUUGUAUUUUGCAAAGAGCCUCCAUUUCUUUUCUUUAGCAUCACUAGGCUGCUUAUUCCUGGGACUCCUAUGAAAUGCGACCGCCUUGUUAAUUUUAUAAUGUACACCUGCACAUAACACAAAGCUAACAGAUGGAAGCGUAUGCAAAAUGUCUAUAAAGAUGACAGCAUCCUCCCACAUUCAGACCUGGCAGCACUGGAUGUACAGUAAGUUAGGAAUCAUCUCAGCAGGUCUGUCAAAGUGAACAGUGUUGCACAUGCCAACCCUCACUUGACCACAACUGAUGUGUGCACAUACAAACAUUCAAAAAGCACACAGACAGGGACGCCUCCUGGACUCGUAAUGGCACUGCCUCAUCCAGCAUAACAGAAUGUUGCCAUACCUGUUUAAUCCAGUUUAGGGUCACAUGGGGCCAGAGGCUAUCCCAGCAGCACUUCAUCCAAGGCAGGAUAAUGUCUUGGAAUUGAGUGCUUAGUAGAAUCUUUUUUCCCAAGAAACAUUAAAGCAAAUCCUUGAAAUUGGCAUCUAACUGCAGUUCAAGGCAGGUACUGAAUGAGAAACCAAAUACGUGGGAAUUUCAGGGGGACCACCAUGCAGUACCUUUGUAACUGAAUGUAGGACUUUGGUUGGGUAGCUCAGAAAGUGGGCUGCCAUUCAAACAGCGGGUCUUACCUGCUUCUUUGUCCGACUGUCCCAGGCUUGUUUAUAACAAUUAACUAAAUAGCUGAGACGCCCAGCCUUGAAAUACACGUGCAUUGUGAUGGGCCUCCCUACUUAAGACUGAAAAACUAUGAGAUGACUGGGGGAAGUAGUAAGUGCAUUUAUUUCAACACAUACCAAAAGUGAUCCUGUGAAAACUGACUGACUGGCAGGUAGACCACAACUGAACUGUGCCAUCCACAUUUAUUUAUUCAAGUCAUUUGGACGACAUGGAAUGAGAAAAACUCCAGCGACAUAAUACACAUUGUCCCGUUCACCACAACGAUCAAAGACUCUGCACCGCUGUUUCCCUUGCAUUCUAUUUUUGUCCAGAAUAUUCCUUUCUUUUUUCUUCUCCACUUUCUUGUUGUGCGUUCUGUACAUCCACACUGUUGGCACCCUGUGCCAUUGACACUUACUUGUACAUCUAUUGUACAUAUGCUGAUGUUGGCUUGUUAGUUUUAUAGUGUUGUGAUGUUUGUAAAACUCUUCUGGGGCAAUGGAAAAAAAGAAGAAAAAAAAAGAAGAAUAAUAUACAUAUUUGUUGGGGUAUUAACUGUUGACACAAAAUUGUGAAUUGACUACACAUUUUACUCUUAAUGUUUUCAGUAAAUGUUCAAGUAUUCAGCAAAACUGUAGUGCACAUAACCAAGCGUCUACAAAAGGGUAACCACGUACUUCAUUUUAACUGUAUAGAUUUAUUAUAAAUAUAUAUAUAUAUAUUUUUUAAUCUGCUCAUUGCAGACUUAACAGCUUCCAGAGCGUAAUAGACACAUACUACUGUAUACAUACCUGUGUACUCUGUUGCAUCCAAAGGUAUGCUUUGUUUUUACAAAAUGCACUUCAAAUUGUGGUAAAUAAAACUGGUUGAAAACA